GCCCGCCAUGCUUCGCUCGACUGCUGCCCGUGUUGCGCGCCAGGCUGUUCAGCCCCGUGCCCUCGCCCAGGUCCGCCUCGCGUCGUCGUCGACCCCGGCACCGGCCCAGAAGGCGUCGGCCCUCAUCGACGCCCUCCCCGGCAACUCGCUCAUCUCCAAGACCGGCAUCGUCACCCUCACCGCCGCGACCUCGGCCGCUGCCAUCUCGAACGAGCUCUUUGUCCUCAACGAGGAGGUCGUCAUCCUCGGCUCGUUCGUCAUCUUCCUCGGCUACGUCUCGAGCCUCGUCCGCGAGCCCUACCGCGAGUGGGCCGACGGCCAGAUCCAGAAGGUCAAGGACAUCCUCAACUCGUCGCGCGCGUCCCACACCAAGGCUGUCGGCGCACGCAUCGAGUCGGUCCAGGAGCUCAAGGAGGUUGAGCAGCUCACCAAGCAGCUGUUCGAGCUCUCCAAGCAAACCGCCGAGCUCGAGCACGAGACGUUCCGCCUCAAGCAGGAGGCGGCCAUCUCUGCCGAGAUCAAGUCGGUCCUCGACUCGCACGUCCGCCACGAGGCGCAGCUCCGCGAGCAGGAGCAGCGCGACCUCGUCCAGACCGUCCUCGGCAACGUCCAGAAGCAGCUUGGCGACAAGAAGCUCCAGCGCGACAUCCUCCUCUCGUCGGUCGCCGAGGUCGAGGCCCUCGUCAAGUCGAAGGCCAUCUAAGCGCCUCCCUCUAGACGGCAGCUUAUUCUCGGUGCGCGGCGGAGGGAGCCAGGUGACGAGGCGCAAGGAGGGUCGGCGCGCGGUCCUGACCGGAUCGCGCGCUCGGCGCGACUCGAGCGGAUAGAUGGGCGGUCGAGCGGUGGGUUGAAAA